AACCUCGACUACAUCCUCUACGACGACUGGAACCUCUUGUUUCGACAAUUCAGCUUGAUUAGGGAUAUACUGACCGACCGCUAGUGCUACUCACUUCACCGAUUGACAGAUACGCACACAGCCGUACCUUCUCACCGCUCACGAAAGGACCCACGCUAAGCAAGCAGGAGGAAGUUUCGACCACUGGACUUCGCAGCUUCCGCUCGUGCGCGCAAACAGACCGUGACCAGGAUGGCACACCGAGACCGAAUUGCCGCGACCUCAGCAAAUGGUCUUCUCGGCCGCCAAUUCGCCAGCAUUACGGACGUGCUCAUCAAAGCAAGUCAGCGUCGUAACGCUGAACUACAAGAGCUACAGCAAAGGCGUUCGAGACCAGUACCCAUCCCAUCAACACCGAAGUCUGCACCAGAGCUUCCUGUCAACCCCAAAUCAGAACUAUCACAGGGCAGCGAUUCUUGUGACGAUCGUCUCGAGCCCGAACAAGCCUACGAAAGUGAGGAGAGCACUGCGAGUGACGAGUCAACGGCGGCUGCUUCUACUCGAGGACCAUCAGACAUGCAAGAGACACAGGUCCACCUGCGUGGCGGCUACUUGUCGCACCGUGCCGAGGAUCCCAAGAUGAUGCUCGCGGAGCUCGAUUCGUCGCUGCAACAACGUUCAGACAUUGGUAAUAAGGAGAAGCUUGAUGGCGACUAUGAUCUAUCGCGAAUGCUGGCGGAUAUGAAAAGGGCCCUGUCCUUGUCAAAGGAUACUGUGAUUAUACGCGACAACAGUCAGAAGGCCAUGGGCGCAGACCUCAGUUUGAACAAGGAAUACGAAUUGUCAGCUUUGGCCGAGCGCCUAGGCGUCGACCUUGACGAAGACGAUACCAUGGAGAAUAAGGAAGCCAUGCCUGCUGAAUUAGGUGAAGAGAAGCAACCCCCUGUCCCAGACCGUUCCGACGAUGAAGACGAUGAUCUCGAGACUCUCCGCGCGAAGAUGGACACUAUAGUCUCACCACCCUCCGACAUGACCCUCGAGAGCUCUCCCGGAACCGACCAGAACGUAUCUGUUGUCGGCAAGACACUAGCUUCUCCAGAAGACGCAGCUGCAGUCCUCGAGGCGAAAGGCAUACAACGUCCCGCCACGAACGAAUUGAAGGCCAAGAAAGAGAGGGAAGACAUGUUGAAGAGGGAGAACGAGAAGCUGGACGCCACCAUCAAGUACGUCCUGGAAGAGGAAGAGAGGUACCGCGCGAUCGAGGAGAAGAAAAGUCUACCAGCCCCUUUGAUCGUCACCAAUCUCGCUGCUAGCGUAGACGAGGAAGCCAUCCGCAUACUCUUUAUCGAGUACAAAUGGGACAUUCGCAACAUCGCCAUCCUUCCCGAACGUGAGCCCGUCAAGAGGACUAGAACGGCAUAUAUCGACAUGUACAGCAGGGACGAGGCGGUUCGUGCGUCUUAUGAAGUUGGAAGCAUUUACGGGUUGAUCGUAAAGAUCAAGUUGGCGGUGGAGUAGAGGGGUAUGAAGGCUAACAUGCUUAUAUGUGGACUACGAGAUAUUGGGCAAUAGUGUAUUGUAUCUGUAAAAAUACU